UUUUCUCCAUCCCAUCCCACCUCUGCAGCUCUGCUGCUUUUCUUCUUCCUUUGUUCCCCUACGCCACGAACGAGCUUCCAGAAACAAGGGAAAGUGAAAGGGGAGGAAGCCGAGCUCUGCUGCCUUCUCUUCGACAUGGCGCGCGUCCUCCCUCUGAACAUUGAGCCGGGGGAGACGCCCAGAGUUGGAGAGACGGUUGCAGGGAUGCCAAGCUCUUCAGCUAGGGCAUCACUCAACGGAAUUGAGCAUUCUGAGCACAACAUAAAAGACGAUGAAUACGCGAGAUUGGUGCCACCAGCUCAACAUGCAACAGCUGACAUCAACACACAAGUUUUAUCUGAGCAACCCAAGCCGAGGCACUUCAUUUGGUGGAUGAAACUUCUGCUUGGCUGCUUCCUUCUUAUGAUAUUAUCUUAUAUCUUCGUGAAAUUUGGAGUCCCCUUUGCCUUUGAGAAGGUUCUGUUGCCAAUCAUGCAGUGGGAAGCAAGUGCCUUCGGCCGUCCAGUAUUGGCUCUUGUCCUCGUUGCAUCCUUGGCUCUUCUCCCACUCAUUUUAGUCCCAUCUGGUCCUUCUAUGUGGUUAGCAGGAAUGAUCUUCGGUUAUGGUUGGGGUUUUGUGAUUAUUAUGGUUGGGACUACUAUUGGCAUGGUUAUAUCAUAUUGGAUUGGCUCAUUGUUCCGUGAACGUCUACAUGCAUGGCUAAAGAGAUGGCCUCAGCAGAUAGCUUUAAUAAAGCUUGCUGGUGAAGGGAAUUGGCUCCAGCAGUUUCGAGUUGUUGCACUAUUCAGAAUCUCACCGUUCCCGUAUACAAUUUUUAACUACGCCGUUACGGUGACAGAAAUCAAGUUCAGUCCUUACCUAUGUGGUUCAGUUGCUGGAAUGAUACCCGAGGCAUUCAUCUAUAUCUAUAGCGGACGGUUAAUACGGACGUUGGCCGAUGUGCAGUAUGGCAACUACAAGAUGCCACCUGUGGAGAUAGCAUACAACAUAAUCUCGUUUAUUGUCGCCGUUGUCCUCACUGUCGCCUUCACAAUUUACGCCAAGAGAGCGCUAAAUGAAAUAAAAAGCUCAGAUGAAGAAGCUGAUGGGUUGGCUGCACUCAAGAAUGACCAUGUAGCUUUAGAUGUCGUAUGACGUCUGUAUUCAAGCGGGAGCUGCGUAGAGGAAGCGAGGUGGUGUUAUUUGGUCAUCAUCUUCUCAGGCUGCCGCAGAAGAGGUGUAGUGUAGGUAGGCUGUGACAGCAGGUGGAUUUACCUGUCUAACUCGAUACACGUGAAGCAGAUGUGGCUUUACUUCAUUCCUUUCAUGUACUUAAUAACAAGGAUAUAUGCGGCCGGCAUGUGUUGUUGACUGGAGCUUGUUCUGGCUGUUGACGGGUUGGAAA